AUGUUAAUGAAGAAGCCGCUCGUCACCGAAACGCUUCUUCAAGACAAUGCCGUGGUUGAUCCCAAGCAACUGAUUGGCGAAGCCCUUCACCAGCGCGUCCAGCAAGUCGACCAUGAGCUGUGCGAGCCUGGCGAUGAGGACACCUUCUUCGUCGCGGACCUUGGCGAGGUCUACAAGCAGCAUCUGCGCUGGAAGAAGGCCCUGCCCCGCAUCAAGCCCUUUUAUGCUGUCAAGUGCAACCCUGACCCCCAGGUUCUGCGACUCCUGGCCGCGCUGGGCACCGGCUUUGACUGCGCCUCCAAGACCGAGAUCGAGCAGGUUCUUGCCAUGGGCGCAUCGCCCGAGCGCAUCAUCUACGCUCAGCCCUGCAAGACCAACUCGUACGUCCGCUACGUCAAGUCUGUGGGCGUCAAGCAGAUGACCUUUGACAAUGCCGACGAGCUCUACAAGAUCGCCAAGCUCUUCCCGGGCGCCGAGCUCUUCUUGCGCAUCAUGACUGAUGACACAUCGAGCCUGUGCCGCCUCAGCAUGAAGUUUGGUGCCGCCAUGGACACCACCGAGAGCCUCCUGGCUUUGGCCAAGAGCCUCGGCCUCAACGUCGUCGGCGUCAGCUUCCACGUCGGGUCCGGUGCCUCGGACCCCAUGGCCUUUUACAAGGCGGUCCGCGACGCGCACACCGUGUUCCAGCAGGGUCGCGAGCUUGGCUUCGCCAUGCGCACCCUCGACGUUGGCGGCGGCUUCUGCGGCGACACCUUUGAGCAGAUGGCGGGCGUCUUGGACAGCGCCCUCGACGAGUUCUUCCCUGCGGGUUGCAACGUCGACAUCAUCGCCGAGCCCGGCCGCUACUUUGUCUCUGCCGCCUUCACCAUUGCCUGCAACAUCAUUGCGCGCCGCACCGUCGAGGACCCGACGCUGGACGGCAAGGGCUACAUGGUGUACGUCAACGACGGCGUCUACGGCAACUUCUCGAGCAUCAUGUUCGACCACCAGCACCCCGUGGGCAAGAUCCUCCGCCGCGACGGCAUGACGCUGUACAACACGCUGGAGGCCGAGCCGUGCGGCGCGGGCGAGGGCGUCGAGUACUCGGUCUGGGGCCCGACGUGCGACGGCAUUGACCGCAUCAGCGAGAGCACCCGCUUCCACUCCAUCCUCGACGUCGGCGACUGGCUGUACUUUGAGGACAUGGGCGCCUACACCAAGUGCUCUGCCACGCAGUUCAACGGCUUCCCCAACGCUCACGACGUCAUCUACGUCUGCAGCGAGCCCGGCGCCAAGGCUCUCCUGGGCCUCUGA